GGAGGACCGAGCGUAGACGACCAGUGGUCGCCGUACACUUCCCCCUGCAUGCCCGGGACUCUGGCAGCCCCGCCGGCCAGCGUGGCUGCUCCUCGUCCGCGUCCUGGAGCGCGCACUGAAGCAGGAACUCUCAGGAACACAACACUUUUAUCUCUGCAGGAUUGCUCUGCUUUCCCUCCGUGCAUUAAGCCUGCUGCCACUCGUGAGGAUGACGGGUUUUAACGGCGCUCCAACAGACGCUUCCACGUAAGUACUGGUGGAAACUCUGUGGAAACCAACCUGUUUUGUUUGGAGGCAGAGCCAAGGAUUAGGUCCUUGUCAGAUGGACCAUGGCAAAUUACUGCUUUUCCUUUUUUUGGAGACGUAUGCUCUAAGAUUACACUCAAGACUUUUACAAGACGUCUCCCACACUGCUUUCUACCUCCCAAGGAUUUCCUCCCACCGUCUACCUCCUGUACCAAACAGCUUAAUCCAGUGGCUGACAAACACAACCACGACCUCUGACUCUUGCUGCCAUGGAUACCUGUAUUGAUGUUUGAGCUCUGACUAGCGAUGACCAUUGACUUUGGACCUCAAAAGCCCUGCCAGCUGGAGCCAUACAACCUAAACUGCACCAGUCCACUUUAGCCUGGACCAGAAGCUGGUGUUUUUACUGGAUCUGCUGCUCGCUGACUCCCCUCCAACUGGCGAACAGCUACAUACCUCAGUCAACCUUGCAGCGGCAGCACUCCUCUGGGCGCUUUAACAUUCUCACCAGUUUGGUGCUACAUGCUCUCCAGCAGACAACUAGCACUGGCAUCUUCCAGUAGCUGGGACAAAAGUAUAGCAACAGCAGUCAGGGAGGCCUCCAGAGAAGCAAAGGGGCUCAGGAGUACAGCCAGACAGGAAACGUCACUUCAUUUGUUCUCACUGUCUAAGAUGGAGCAUAAAUAAGCAAUCACUGUCCUGGAGAGUUUCUGUGAAUUUAAUCUGUGCUCCACACGCAAGGAGAAGUUCUUGUGAGUUUCAUCGGAUUAUUUUUUUGUUUCCUUUUUUCCGGCACAUCUAAUGCAAACUGUUGCACCAUAGAGGGUAAAGAGAAUAUCUGCUGAAGAACAUACAGAGAGAAGAAAACAGAGCUAGUAAAGAAGAUGCAAAGCUGCCUGUCCAGGCCAGAAUGCUGCUACCAGCCGGUCACCGUGCACCGCACUCAGCGGUCGGCUGCUGACGGGGCGGCCGGCCAAUGCUGAGCAGGGGGAGGGGUUUGGGACACACCUCCUUGUCCUGUGAUUGGCUGCUGGAUGAGAGAGAGGCUGAAUGAAUGGAGCCAAUGAUCAGCAAGCAGGACAGCACCUCGUCCGAGGGAGAAGAGAGAGGGUGGCCUGAUGUGCCAAAGAGAAAGAGGAAGAACAGCCAAUGUUCAGUGAAGAGCAUAUCUGAUCUUAGCGUGUCGGUUCCAGGUUACAUCCCCAGUUACCUGGGGAAGGAUGAGCCCUGCGUGGUGUGUGGGGACAAGGCCACCGGGUACCACUACCGCUGCAUCACCUGUGAGGGUUGCAAGGGUUUCUUCCGCAGAACAAUCCAGAAGAAUCUCCAUCCAUCCUACUCCUGUAAAUAUGAAGGUUGCUGCAUCAUCGACAAGAUAACCCGCAACCAGUGCCAGCUGUGCCGCUUCAGGAAAUGCAUCUCUGUGGGCAUGGCCAUGGACUUGGUGUUGGAUGAGUCGAAGCGUGUGGCGAAGCGCCGCCUGAUCGAGGAGAACCGAGAGCGGAGGAAGAGGGAGGAGUUUGUGCGGACGCUGCAGAUGAGGCCGGAGCCGGACACGGCAGAGUGGGAGCUGAUCCGGAUGGUGACCGAGGCUCACCGGAAUACCAACGCACAAGGAUCCAGCUGGAAACAGAAGCGCAAGUUCAUGCCAGAUGACAUAGGCCAGAGUCCGAUGGUGCCCACCUCAGACGGAGAUAAGGUCGACCUGGAGGCCUUCAGUGAGUUCACCAAGAUCGUGACCCCCGCCAUAACCCGCGUCGUUGACUUUGCUAAGAAACUGCCCAUGUUUUCAGGGCUGCCUUGUGAAGACCAGAUCAUCCUGCUGAAGGGCUGCUGCAUGGAGGUCAUGUCUCUGCGCGCCGCCGUACGCUACGACCCCGAAAGUGAGACACUGACGCUAAACGGCGAGAUGGCGGUGAAACGUGAACAGCUGAAAAACGGAGGGUUGGGGGUGGUGUCGGACGCCAUCUUUGAUCUGGGCAGGAGCCUGGCGCAGUUCAACCUGGAUGACUCCGAGGUGGCGCUGAUGCAGGCUGUGCUGCUCAUGAGCUCAGACCGUUCGGGGCUGACCAGUGUGGAGAAGAUCGAGCAGUGCCAGGAAGCCUACCUGCUGGCGUUCGAGCACUACAUCAACUACCGCAACCACAGCAUCCCCCACUUCUGGCCCAAGCUGCUGAUGAAGGUGACGGACCUGCGCAUGAUCGGGGCGUGCCACGCCAGCCGCUUCCUGCACAUGAAGGUGGAGUGUCCCAACGAACUCUUCCCCCCGCUGUUCCUGGAGGUCUUUGAGGACCAGGAAGUGUGACUAUGAGCUCCCUGUACAUACAACGAGAUGUGAAGAAAGCUGGAUUUUGUCUUCAUCUGCGAGAAUGUGCCCUGGAAAUGUUAUUUUAUCUUAUUCUAUUUUUGUGAAAUACUCACCAGCAAGCACACAUGUUCAUCGUCUACAAAGAAACUUGCAGGAAAUUCUGGCCAUGCCUUUUGAUUUUUGAGAGGUGUGCACACAUGCACACACACACACGCCCAUACACACACGCGCGCAAGCACACACACAAGGUACAGUACUUGUAUAUGCGAACAAAGCUUGCAUGUGUAUGGAUGGCUGUACUAUUCUGACGUCCACUGCGAACUGAGAGGAGCAGUUUUGUUUCCGUAGCUCUACCUUUGACCUGACCUGAUCCCUCAAACCCCCCCAGAGCCCUUCAAACACCAGUCUCUGGAGCAUCUCUCUAACUCCUAAAGCAUCCUCCGCACUGGAAGGCAUCUCUCAGUCUGCCGUUUGUCUCGGUCAACCUCCCACCCUCUCACAUACAAAGACACGCCCACAUUAUUACCUCAUAAGUUGUGUGUCCUUAUUUAUUUUUCAGAUAGUUUUAGUCAAAUUCAUCCAAGCGUGCACCCUCUAUACCUCUGUGUUGCUGUUGGGAGAAGACACCGUUGAAUAAGACCUGCAUCUUAACGUAUUAUUUCUACGCACAUCUUAUAACUGCAGUCGUAACGUUGUAGCUGGCGUUAUCAUGCACUCCAGUUGCAAAGAUGUCCUGAACGUCAUGGUGCAGUCUGUAAUCACUGGGGAGCAGGAGGGCUCCAGCAGUCCAGGUCUGGCUCAGCCAAGGACGCACUGACAUUUAAAAAAAGAAAAGACGAAGGGAGCACGGUGGAGCAGCUGGUAGUGCAGCCGUCUCACAGCAAGAAGGUCCUGGGUCAAUUCCCACCGGGGACGCUGUUAAGGUCUCCCAUGACUUCAGCACCCUGGGCGGGGUUGGAGAAAAAGCCUUUCUGUGUGGAGUUUGCAUGUUCUCCCCGUGUUCCCUUGGGUAGCUAAUGUGAGC